GGCAUCCUUUCCCUCGUUCUCUCUCUCUCUGGUACAAACAGUCGCAUUCUCUUUCUCUCUCGCUCUAAAAAGUUGGAGAGAGAAAGUUGUUCCGCCGAGAGGCCAGACUCGAAAGAGAAUUAUCGACGGUGUAAGCUCUUAGCUGGUCUUGCUUUGGCCGACAAUUUCUAAUGUCGACGCCAACUCCGGGAUCUUCCCCGGGGCCGUCGUCGCCGCCGGCGACGAACACCACCUCUCCUCCGCCGGCGACGAACACCACCUCUCCUCCGCCGGCGACUCCGAGCGCGCCGCCUCCAUCGACUACAGCCGCGCCUCCGCCAGCCACUCCCUCUCCACCGCCACCUCCAACCAAAACUCCCUCUUCGCCUCCGCCGUCGACGACUCCAUCCCCUCCGUCGUCCACUACUCCGCCUCCGACCUCCUCUGAUUCUCCGCCGCCGCCGUCAACAGACUCUCCGCCUCCGCCUUCCUCGACGACGCCGUCGAAUCCGUCGAGGUCUCCGCCGCCUCCACGCUCUAGUACGCCGUCGAAUCCCAGCCGGAGUCCUCCUCCACCGCCUAGCUCCUCAUCUCCCUCUUCGGGAGGGGGCUUGUCUACCGGAGUCGUUGUCGGGAUUGCGGUAGGUGCGGUGGCGAUCCUUGUUUUGUUCAGCAUUCUGUGCAUUUGUUGUUCGAAGAAGAAGAGGAGGAGACGCGAGGAAGCUUACUACGUGCCUCAGCCGCCGCCGCCUCCUGGACCUAAAGAUAACUUUUAUGGCAAUCCACCAAAUCGCUGGCAACAAAAUCCUCCCCCUUCGGAUCAUGUUGUCAUGCCAAAACCAUCUCCUCCACCAGCAGUUGCAUCACGUCCUCCGCAUUCUCCGGGAUACGCUCCCAAACCGCCACCGCCGCGUCCAGCUUUCACAAGCAGCAGCGGGGGCUUCGGUUCCAAUUAUUCAGGAUCUGAAAAUCCUCUUCCACCACCACCUCCGCCAGGCUAUAACUUGGGUUUCUCGAAGAGCACUUUUACCUACGAGGAAUUGGCAUUGGCAACAGAUGGCUUCUCAGAUGCCAAUCUCCUUGGACAAGGCGGGUUUGGGUAUGUGCACAUGGGAGUUCUUCCAAAUGGAAAGGAAAUAGCAGUGAAGCAGCUCAAAGCUGGAAGCGGGCAAGGGGAUCGUGAGUUUCAGGCAGAAGUUGAUAUAAUUAGCCGAGUGCAUCACAAGCACCUGGUUUCACUUGUUGGUUACUUCAACACUGGAUCACAGAGAAUGCUUGUUUAUGAGUUUGUUCCGAAUGAUACUUUGGAGUUCCAUUUACAUGGAAAAGGGAGACCUGUCAUGGACUGGCCUACAAGAUUAAAAAUUGCUUUGGGCUCUGCAAAAGGACUGGCAUAUCUACAUGAGGAUUGUCAUCCUAAAAUCAUUCAUCGUGAUAUUAAAGCAUCUAAUAUACUCUUGGAUUUCAAGUUUGAGGCCAAGGUUGCUGAUUUCGGACUUGCAAAGUUUUCUUCUGAUGUCAAUACUCAUGUCUCAACCCGUGUGAUGGGAACUUUUGGGUAUUUGGCUCCUGAAUAUGCUGCAAGUGGUAAACUCACAGACAAGUCAGAUGUUUUCUCCUUUGGAGUCAUGCUUCUGGAGCUGAUUACUGGACACCGCCCUGUUGACGCUACCCAAUCUUAUAUGGAGGAUAGUUUGGUAGAUUGGGCAAGGCCGUUGCUCAAUCGAGCUUUGGAAGACAGAAAAUAUGAUUCUCUGGUUGAUCCUAGGCUUCAAGAUAACUUUGAUGAAAAUGAGAUGGCCCGCAUGGUCGCUUGUGCUGCAGCUUGUGUGCGUCACUCUGCACGACGUCGACCACGAAUGAGCCAGAUAGUUCGCGCUUUGGAGGGAGAUGUGUCCCUUGCAGAUCUUAACGAAGGAAUCAGGCCUGGACAAAGCAAUGUCUACAGCUCCUAUGGAAGCUCGGACUAUGACACAAGCCAAUACAACGAGGACUUGAAGAAGUUCAGGAAGGUGGCAUUGGGAAGCCAGGAAUACGGUGCAAGCAGUGAAUACAGUGGACCGACCAGUGACUAUGGCCUGUACCCAUCUGGCUCGAGCAGCGAAGGCCAAACCACCCGAGAAAUGGAGAUGGGAAGGAUGAAGAAAAAUGGUCAAGGUUUCACAAAGGAAGCUGCAUCCGGCUCAAGCGGCGAAGGCCAAACCACUAGAGAAAUGGAGACGGGAAGGAUGAAGAAAAAUGGUCAAGGUUUCAGAAGGGAAGCUUUUUAACAUCGUAAAUUUCCCUUCUUCUCUGUAAAGAUUUCCCUUAUUCUUGCUCCAAAGGACCGUUCAUUGCAAAAAUAUCAUGUUUGAUUGAUAUACACGAGUUUAACACAAUUUUUUU